UCCAAUUCCAACGACUUCGUACUCUCUCGCUUCUUCAACGGCCGAGACUUCCGGUCCCCAAGGCACCACCUUAUCUCUAUCCGAGCUCUCACUGCUCGCCGGAAACCUCCUCUUCGACUGCCGUCAUGGAAGAUAAAUCGUCGGCGGCAACCGGACUUCAGUCUAUUCGGUGUAGAGCUGCUGUCUGCCGAGAGCCUGGCGAGCCACUAGUGAUUGAGGAAAUUAUAGUGGCGCCGCCGAUGGCUCGGGAAGUUCGAAUUCGGAUAAUCUGCACCUCUUUGUGCCAAAGCGAUGUCUCGUUCUGGAAAUUGAAGGAUCCUCCGGGGAUUGUUCCUAGAAUUCUUGGCCACGAAGCUGUCGGAGUGGUUGAGAGUGUAGGAAAAGAUGUUAAUGAAGUUAAGGAAGGAGAUGUUGUUAUCCCAACAUUCAUUGCUGACUGUGGAGAGUGUGCAGAUUGCUUAUCAGAUAAGAGUAAUCUCUGUUCUAAACUCCCUUUCAAGGUUUCUCCAGGAAUGCCCCGCUGUGGAACAAGCAGAUUCACAGAUCUCAACGGAGAGGUUCUUCAUCAUUUUCUGUUUGUAUCAAGUUUCAGUGAAUACACAGUGUUGGAUAUUGCCAAUGUAACAAAAGUAGAUCUUGCAAUCCCUCCAAACAGAGCAUGCCUCUUUAGUUGUGGGGUAACAACAGGGGUUGGGGCGGCAUGGAGAACAGCAAAUGUGGAGAAGGGCUCCUCUGUUGCCAUAUUUGGACUGGGGUCCAUAGGUUUAGCUGUUGCUGAAGGAGCAAGACUAUGUGAAGCUGCCAGGAUUAUUGGAAUAGAUGUGAAUCCAGAUAAAUUUGAGACUGCGAAAAAGUUCGGAGUCACUGAAUUUGUUAAUUCCGGAAGCCUUGGUGAUAAAUCUGUGAGCCAGGUAAUUAUUGAAAUGACUGGUGGAGGUGCAGACUAUUGCUUUGAAUGUGUUGGAAUGGCUUCCUUAGUUCAUGAAGCAUAUGCAGCCUGCAGACAGGGUUGGGGAAAAACAAUUGUGUUAGGAGUGGAUAAACCUGGAUCAGUAUUGAGUUUUAGCUCUUAUGAUGUCCUUCAUAAUGGGAAGACUCUCACCGGAUCGUUAUUUGGGGGAAUAAAGCCCAAAUCAGAUAUUCCCACUCUCCUUAAAUUGUACACAGAUAAGAAACUCAAGUUGGAUAAAUUUAUCACACACGAAGUAGGUUUUGAAGACAUCAAUGAAGCUUUUAAUUUGCUAAUUGAAGGAAAGAGCUUGAGAUGUGUGAUUUGGAUGAACAAAUGAGCGAGCACCCAUCAUGUCAUUGGUUGCCUAUCUGUCAGCAAUUAUGUCUAUUCAAAAAUCUCAAAUAAAUGUCUACGGAAAUAUGGAACUCAUUGACAUUUGAGAAUGUUGUUGAAAAUAUUGAUAUGYUGAUAUAAUUUAAUAUCUUCUUUGUACUAACAUAAUAAAAAUUUUUGCCAAAGAGAACAUAAUUCAGCGGUAAUUGGCAUGUACCUCAAACCAUGAGUUUGUGAGUUUGAAUCCUCCCCCAACAUGUUGUAUCCCACAAAAAAAA